AUGUAUGAGAGAAAAAGUCAGAUAAGCGGCUGUGAUAAAAGACGCGAAAAUGUAUACGAAGUAAUGAAGGCGAAAUCCUAUCCAAACAAAGUUCCAAGACGAUCGGCUAGUUCGGCCGAGGAAGAUUAUCCCAAAGUAAUCACAGCCACAGCAACUCCGGAAGCAGCCCACGCCAGAAAGUGA